GAGGAGAUGUGAGGGCUUUUCUCUUGGGGGAGAAAUCGGUGGUCGAGCGCCUGCCCAAAUCACAUGCCACCCUGCUCAGAGGGAAGCCUCCACCCCGGGGAUCCCCGAGGGAGAGCAAGGUCACACCUCCUGAGGACAGCCAGGAGGACUUCGCAUCUUGCCACUUUCCUUCCAAAGGCUCCAGACCCAAGUUCUGCGUCCUCGAGCCCCGCGUUCCCCUGGCCAGACCCUCCACUGGCCCUCCAGGCCAGCGCAGUUCUGGAGCUCACCUCCAGGACCUGGAGCCUGCCCUCCUGCCCAGAAUGACUCACCAUUAUUUCUCGCUCAAGUGAGAAGACGUGAUUUGUGUAUCGGGCUGCCUAUUUGUGUAUCUAGGAUUCCCACGGUAUCUGAUCAGCUCUUCAAGGAAGAGAGCUCCAGGUUUCUGCCUUGCCAGCGCAGGGCAAUCUGGACCAUUCUUGAGAGACUGCCACCUGCUUGCCUCUGAUCCUCAGCCAGGUCACAAGGUGAAGCCAAGGGAGGCUGUGUCUCUGGUCCUCAGCGAGCCCUCGGGGCUCUCCUGCAGGACCCCAGGCCAAUGCUUCCGUGUUUCCUGGGGCCGGAAGCAGCACCCUGAGCUCCCUGCCACCAGGCAGCUGGAAGGCAUAGUGUGAGGCCCUUCUCUCAGCCCCAAUUAUGACAGUGGCCACCGGAGAGCCAGCGGAUGAGGCUGCCGCCCUCCCCGGGCCCCCGCAGGACACGUAUGACCCCGAGGCUGACCACGAGUGCUGUGAGAGAGUGGUAAUCAACAUCUCGGGGCUGCGCUUUGAGACCCAACUCAAGACCUUAGCUCAGUUUCCAGAGACCCUCUUAGGGGAUCCAAAGAAGCGGAUGAGGUACUUUGACCCCCUCCGAAACGAGUACUUUUUCGACCGGAACCGGCCCAGCUUUGACGCCAUUUUGUACUACUACCAGUCUGGGGGCCGCUUGAGGCGGCCCGUGAACGUGCCCUUGGACAUCUUCUCCGAAGAAAUUCGGUUUUAUGAGCUGGGAGAAGAAGCGAUGGAGAUGUUUCGGGAAGACGAAGGCUACAUCAAAGAGGAAGAGCGUCCUCUGCCUGAAAAUGAGUUUCAGAGGCAGGUGUGGCUUCUCUUUGAAUACCCAGAGAGCUCAGGGCCUGCCAGGAUUAUUGCUAUCGUAUCUGUCAUGGUGAUCCUGAUCUCGAUCGUCAGCUUCUGCCUGGAGACCCUGCCCAUCUUCCGGGAUGAGAACGAGGACAUGCACGGCAGCGGGAUGACCUUCCACACCUACUCCAACAGCACGAUAGGGUACCAGCAGUCGACUUCCUUCACUGACCCUUUCUUCAUUGUAGAGACCCUCUGCAUCAUCUGGUUCUCGUUCGAAUUCUUGGUGAGGUUCUUUGCCUGUCCCAGCAAAGCCGGCUUCUUCACCAACAUCAUGAACAUCAUUGACAUCGUGGCCAUCAUCCCCUACUUCAUCACCCUGGGGACGGAGCUGGCUGAGAAGCCAGAGGAUGCCCAGCAGGGCCAGCAGGCCAUGUCGCUGGCCAUCCUCCGUGUCAUCCGGUUGGUAAGAGUCUUUAGGAUUUUCAAGUUGUCUAGACACUCCAAAGGUCUCCAGAUUCUAGGUCAGACCCUCAAAGCCAGCAUGAGAGAAUUGGGCCUCCUGAUAUUCUUCCUCUUCAUCGGGGUCAUCCUUUUCUCUAGUGCUGUCUAUUUCGCAGAGGCCGAUGAGCGAGAGUCCCAGUUCCCCAGCAUCCCGGAUGCCUUCUGGUGGGCAGUCGUCUCCAUGACAACUGUAGGCUAUGGAGACAUGGUUCCAACUACCAUUGGGGGAAAGAUCGUGGGUUCCCUAUGUGCAAUCGCAGGUGUGUUAACCAUUGCCUUACCGGUCCCUGUCAUAGUGUCCAACUUCAACUACUUCUACCACCGGGAGACAGAGGGAGAGGAGCAGGCCCAGUACCUGCAAGUGACGAGCUGUCCAAAGAUCCCAUCCUCCCCUGACCUGAAGAAAAGUAGAAGUGCCUCUACCAUUAGUAAGUCUGAUUACAUGGAGAUCCAGGAGGGGGUAAACAACAGUAACGAGGACUUUAGAGAGGAAAACUUGAAAACGGCCAACUGCACUUUGGCUAAUACAAACUAUGUGAAUAUUACCAAAAUGUUAACUGAUGUCUGAUUGAAACCUAUUAACCUACCCGCAGCUCCAUGGAAUACUGCAGAUACUGCAUAAAUAGCCUGCAUUGUAGUCAGUGUGUUCUACAGUGUGUAUCUGGUUCUGCAUGGAACGCAAAUAGUGCAAGUGACUUUUGAUCUUUUGAUUUUUGAUUUAGAACACAGAAUAUCUAUCCCUGGCUUUCAUGCAAAUCUUCAUCACUGGCCUAGGGGGUUCUAAACAGGGGAGUCAUCUAUGGAGCCAGAAUUUCAGAAAGACACAUUGGGGCCACCUCCUAUCAAAUACAUAACCCGCCCCAUCUGUACCACCUUCCCUCCCGAAUUAAACACGCACAACACCCGGGGAGACGCACCCCACCGCUCCCAAGCCUCCGGGCCCCCAAGCCCCUGGUCCCAUAUGAGCCCACCUCCCCCUUCACAGAGGAAAACCGUGGUGGCUUAGCUUGAAAGCACCGGGAGUUAUUCAAAAGGUCAUUUCCCAUUUUUGCAUUGAAAAGAACACACGGUCCUGCGUAUUGGAAUUACUUUCUGUGUCACGGGCUGGAGUUUGUGUGAAUUGCAGUUGCCUAGCAGGUGCUCCGGAGGCUUGUGUUUCAUAACGGAAAAGGCUGCUUUUGGUUUUUCUCUGCAGUGUGGAUGUGGGGGAACCCCAGGGGGAGGGACAGUCAGGAUGACCGAAGGCGAGUUGCCCAGUAGCACGUUCGCCCUUAGGCCGAUGGGGAGAAGCUAAUGAACCAAGGGACCUCUCAGCUUCAGACCUCGCCAUUUUCGCAGGCUUCGGGGUCACAAAACACGCCCGACUUCUGCGUUACGCUGGAGUUUGCAGACACCUGCUUUCCCAGGGCGAUGCUGGUGGCCCUGACACCACAGCGCAGUUUCCAGUGAUGCAAUAGACCUGCAUGGGUGUGUGUUGCAUGAAUCUCAGUAGUUAAAACACAGGAGAUAACCUAUUUUCCUAGUAGCCUACACAGUAUUCAUAUUUAGAGUAUCAAUAGCCCCGGAGUGGCACGGAGCUAGGGGUUUGUUUGGUUUGUUUUGGUUUUUUUUCCCCAUCAAAGGACAAAAGCCCUCAGGAGAAAGGAAAAAAAAAAAAAAAAAAAAGAAGAGACUAUUUGGAACGGGGAACCACAACUUCCGGCUCUCCAGCCCACCCCAUCCCCCCCGUUCUUCCACGUCGGGGCACAGACCUCUUGCAAAGCCCGGAAAGGGAGCAGGGAAAGCAGCGCCCCGAACACCUCACAUAACUGCACCUUACGAUUGAACUUAGUCAUGGGCAUAACUCUAUAGCUGACCAGGGCACCUGGUCCCGAGGACAGGCAGAUUUGUGGAUCCAGUGUAUAUAAGUAUAUAUUGAGUAUCUCUUUUACAAGUUCCUCUACUUACCUAGCUAUAGAAGAAAUUGCAUUUGAACCUUGUAUAAGCUUAUGCAAUAUUUCUGACACAGGGCAAUUUAUGCAUGUGUUUGACUACGUGCACUAGCGUAUGUAUGUAUAUAUUAUGUAUUAUAUACAUACAUACAUAUGUGUGUGUAUAUGUAUGUAUGCACACAUGCACACACACUUAUAUAUAUACAUACAUAUAUAUACAUACAUAUAUAUAUAUAUAUAUAUUCAUUCUCUGGAGUUCAGGUUCAGGAGCAAAUCCACUGCUUGGUGGUUGGUUGUCUGAGCAGCCUAAUAGGUUGGUUUGUCUCAUUGAUAACCCCACUGGGACUGGGUUUGCUGCCGUUGCCUCAGACACUCCAGUCUUCAUGGAUUCUUAGAUGUUAGAAUUGUCUCUCUGCCCUCCAUGUGCUGCAGCUUCAGUUCCCCGUGGCUGAAGCUUGUCUCACCGAGUACACAAGGGCCUGUGGCCCUCACGGCUCCCGCUGCCCUGGGCCACACCCGCCCCAGGCCUCUUCUCUACAGCCCAUCAUGUUCAUCAUCUCCCUUCUCAUCUUUGCCCACCCUCUUUGGCUUUUCUUGUCAUUUGGCUCUGCAUCAGUCACUUUAAUGACCCUUUCCGUAAAGAGCCAGAAUGGAUCUCCUGCUUGAAACCAGGGACCCAGUGCCACAGGUCUAGACUUGAAGGGAGCUUCCUCAGUGUGGAAACUCCAGAAGUCCCGGGCCAAGGGAUGGAGAUGCUAGAUGAUCCAUGGCAUCAUUUCGAUGGCCCGGCUCAAACUCUCUCCCCAUUGCACUGGCAACCAGAGCUGCUUAAAUAAUCAUUCCCUGUCCUGGGACAGAUUGAGAGGGAAUGAGCACUUCGCCUAAGGGCGGAGUUCAGGCUGGCCCUGGAAUGGGUUGCGGUGGGGAAGCUUCCGCCUCCCAGACUGGGCUUCCUCACCUUUCGACAUAAUAGCUUGUAUUUCCCAAACACAGUGUGGUCAGGUCGCCCAACCUCGGCUCCAGCCCUAGCCUCACUGUUGGCUAUUUAGCACCUACAGUUACCUUAGGGGGUGGGGCACCAGCUCAGGGUGCUAGGCCCAGGGUGCUCACUAGUUCCUGGUCACCCACAUCCCCAGGGAUCUGCAGGACGCCCCAUGCCCAGCGUGAAGCCUCUAUGCUUCUCUUCCUCUCCUUCAUGGGAGGUGGUGCUGAAUUUCCAAGACAUGGGGUGGGAAGGGCGCAGACCUUGGGAAACAGAUGGUAAAACAACCCAUACCCAAGGCCUCGGUCAGAGGGGAGAUCUCCUAUCCCGUGGGCCUUGACCAGGGACUAUAAAAUAUCCACAGGUGCAGGCACAAUGCUACACGCCCACCGCAAAAUAGAUACACUGUCGACCCACGCAAAUACAAAACGCACAGAGGCCAAUUAGUGAAAAGGGCAUACACAGAUGAUAUGUAACUACACCUGUAUCCAAAAUAGGCAUAUUCAGCACAGACCUAGAACAUGCUUACCAAUACAGAACGUAACACAGAAGAUCUACGCAUACCACAUACAAGGACACAACCACAACUCAGAUGCAAAAUGCGUAAAAACCACAUGAACACAAUGGGUGUGUAUACACAGUACACCAAGGAUACUUUAUAUUGUUUCUGCCCACCAAAUACACACAAACUCAGUUUAUACACACAAUGCAUUUACUCAUAUGAGGCACACAACGUACAGCACACACACCCAAGCACAUACACACAUAAUUCACAUGGAGGGUACACCUAUACUCAGCUCUAUCUCUCUGCCCCCAAAGCUAUAAAUCAGUAGGCAUAAACAAAAGAUGAGAUUUCAUCACCUUUCCCUAGCCUGCAUCUGUACUCCCCCAAUAGCCUUCAAGAAGCCUCUUCCUCUACGCUCUUCUCUUUCUCCCACUUCCAGAUUUCAGAGAAGUAACCCCCAAGGUUUAAAGCAAAAAGAUGAGCCACCACCAUUGUUAAGCAGAUCUUGGAUUAAGACUGGGAAUCUCAUAGGGCUUCUACUUAUUCACCUUCCUCCCACGAGAAAUGUGAGUGUGGAAGGACCUGGGACAGCCUGUAGCCUAUUAACACACACCUCCUUGCCAUGCCCUAGCCUUUGGAGCAAGUCCACAUAGACAACCCCCUUGCCCAGGCUCCCCUGCUCCCAACCCCGGGAUCUCUAGAUUCAGCUCCGUUCUCUUCAAAGCAGUGAUGGCUCAAGAAACUGCAGGGUCCUGAGCCCAAAACCAGAGUGAAGAUGCCCCCAACAUUCUGUCAGUCCUCAGACUUCACUGCCCUUCCAUCCUCAAUGGCUUUGUCAGGGGCGGGUCAGAAAAAGUCAAGACCACACGUAAACUUGUCUCUUAAAAUGAGCCCCCUUUCCUUGCUUGUGGCAUCUCACUUGCUCUUGGGCAUAAGCCCAGUGGGGUCAACUCCUGAGUCCCCUUUAUGGGGAUCCAAUCCCAGGCAUGCUCCACUCCUUUGCCGGGUCUCCACCUGGAUGCCCUGCCUCCCAUCCAAUUUGCUGCGCCUUGAGGAAACGCUCACUAAUUCAGCUUACGAAAAUCACGAUUGAGGACGGGAACAUAAUGCCACACAAGCAAGCAACAAUUUUUUAGAAGGCCUGAUUUUUAUCCUGUAUUCUAAGGCCAGAUUUAAAUGCUUCAUAAGAUUCCUCUUUGAAUGGCGCACAGAGCUGCUUCUUCCCACUGGUAGCUGGGUGCUUGUUGGCCAAGGCGUCACCUCAGAAGGAAAUUGAGAAUUGAAGUCAGGCAUUGGCUCAGGCAUGUCUGUCUUUACUCCUGUGGCCCUCCCGGGUAUGUCCCUCCUAACGAUGGCCACAGCUCCCAGUCUCCACAGAGGAAGCACCAGCAGCAGAGAAGGACGUGUGGGGUCCAGUGUGCACGUUCAGGGCAAGACGCCGGGCCUUUCGCGCACUCCCAAGUCCAGGGAGCAAUUUUCCCUUCAGGUUCAGCAGGUGUUGCCAUGAGCUCAAACUUUCAUUUAUGUUAGAGUUUUCAGGAGGCUAAAGAGAAAGAAGUCCAGGAAAGGUGGGGAGAUGAUCAGGAAGAGAGGGUCCAAUUGCAGCAUAAACUUUACAGGAGCUGAAACUUAGCUGAGGACAUAAUUAAGGCUCUGUGCUUCCUGAAGCUUCCAUGGUGUCAGACACACUGUCUGCCUUCCUCUCUGCUUCCCUCUGUCCCUCUCAGCUGGGCUUCUGAGAAUGGAAUAGGCAUGUCACCAGGAGGUUAGCCUUUUGAAAGGAGCCUGCAGGGAGUGUGCCUCCGGACUCCAUUGGCUGGAUGUGGAAAGGACUCCAUGAGAGCUUUGUUGGCCUGAGUGCUCAUGUGGCUGUCUCAGGUGGGGAGGCUUGCAGGACUGGCUUGUCCCAUCUGCUGUCCCUGGAUCUCUCACUCCUUCAUAGUGAGGACCUUGGCCAACUUACUUCCUCAGAGUCUGCCUAAAAUACCAAUGCUAACCCAUGUUGAGAGAGGGAGUGCCCUCUGAAGAGUCUCAGGCUGGGGGUUUAGUGCGGCCCAUAGUAGGGGAGGAAAGAAGAGGUGGAGGCUGACUUUUCCCCAAAGGAGAUGGUAGGACAGUUUGCAAAUUGCAUGUGAGGGUGGCACCAUAGUCCCACGGCAGGCAGGAGGAGCACGGGGCUUUGAAUGGUUUACCCAGGAGUGAGGAUGGUGAGCUCUGCUCCAGCUCUGGCUCUCCUGGGGGCCAUUAUCGUAACAACCUCCAUGUGGGUGAUGGCUGCCUGGUCUGAGAGGCUGGUCCACAUAGGCUGUAAUGCCUGGGCUGCUCCUUGGCUACACAGCGGAGGUCCCCCAGCCUCGGCAAAGUGUCCAUUGCCAGGUUUGAACGCAUGACCUUAACCUCUAACAUCGUUAGCCACCUGAGCCAGCUAGCAGGGUGCUGGAUGCUGGGAGGUGUCCACAUGGCUAGCAGGACCAUCAUCUGUAUCUUCAGAGUCCGCCCUUGUUGAGACCAGCCCCGUUUCCUCAUCAAAGCAGCAAGCAGGGUUAGGGGGAGGGGAAGGAUCCUCUACAAGCUGGGAUGGGUCUCUUCCUCAAACCGAUCUAGUUCACUUUUCUCUUCUUUCUGCUUCCCUUCCCACCAAAGCUCAACUCCAUCUCUCCUAGUUUGUGUUUGAGUAUUUUUAACGAGGAAACGUGCAAUAAACUAAAUAGUGACUGUUUUCUUUAGCAAUAGCUACUUCAAAACCAUGUUCUCAGGACUGAAAAGUGAUAGUACCUGGAUUAUCAGAUAAUGCCCUUGGCUUCAGGGCAUUAGCUCUCUGUCUGUGGCUCCCUCUUCUUCCCGCGUGUUCACACGACCCCUGUCCUCAGGGGCUCUGACCCUCCUUGGGAAGGUAAACCUCUGCAGAGGUGCAACGCACACACACAUACACGAGGAAGGUCCGAGAGAAGGCUUUCUUUGUCGCUCUCUUUCCCACGUGCACGGCUCUCUGUCCCUGUGUGCACCUCAGUCCCUCUCUCCCUCCCGCCUACCCCUGUCUGCCAGGGCAUUCUCACAACCUGUAGGCCCUGCAACCUUGAGUUUGGGUGACCUCACGCCAGCCCAUCUCGUUGACUCUCAGUCAAUCUGGCAGGGUGUAAUGGAACCCUGCAGGAAAGCACUUACCAAUAGAUAAGAAUAAAGCAUCCUGAGCCAUUACAGAUCACUUCCAUGCACUAAAAGCCAUUACUUGAUCCAUUUGUUUCCCUCCCCCCCACCCCCCCAGGGAGGUGGAUGCUGGGGGAAUGUGGCCUGGAGGUUCAUACCUGGGAUCGGUAGCCUGGGCAGAUUUGGGGAAGGGCCCUCUGGCUGUCCUUCAAAAUAAGCUCCAUGAGAGCUGUGGAGGGAAGCAAGUUACUGGGGGGAGAGGUCUACAGGGGUGGAAAGUGGGUGGUUAGGGCAUGACAUUGGAGCAGCAAAAGCCCCACCACCCCACUACCGUGUGCAGUUGCACAAAUAUUUGCACACGUUACUGGGGGUUUCAGAAGAAUCCCCCUCUCCUGAAGAAAAAUCUGUAAGGUUAGAUACUCAGACUGGACAAUCAAGAAAGGCUGGCAACCCCAGGGUCCUAGUCCAUUCCUUCUCUAUCUACCUUGCUCUAUACACGUGUGUACAGCAAAACUGUUAACUGAUGGGGAAAUCCUCAGGGAAGGGAGAGUCCUGAUUGCUUUACAAUUAUGGUGGUUUGAGUGGGAAUGGGACACCCUGUCUGGGUUCAAUAUUUGCUAUCGGAAAAAAAAAAAAACAACCCAUUUCCUAAGUAGGUUAGUAUAAACUUUCCUGCCUUAGCAAGUAGAGUGUUUGAAGAUGACAGAAGACCUUGCAUUGCUCAGGGUCAACACUGUAAACCUCAGCGCUCAUCAUAUGAAAGUGCAGACGGAGGAGACCAAAGAGAUAGGCUGAAUGUACACCGGCCGCAAGGCAUACCGGAAGUUGGCCAUUUGGGCACGUCCUGGCUCACCAGAUAAUGCCCUUGCUGUCAUUUGCCUCUUUCUAUGGAAAGUAUAGUAAGAAAACGUAAUGCUUGCGUUAAUUGAGGUUUGGGUUCGUUGGUCCUGUGUUAUCAGAAGUUUUCCAUAUAUACAUAUAUCUGUGUAUAUAUAUAUAUAUGUAUAGUAUAUGUAUAUAUGUAUACCGUUGUUUCAAAAAUUAUACACUGACCGACCCCCUUAGCUUCACUAAUGUGGAAUAAAUUUGGCAAUCCGAGGAAUAAACUGCAUUUAUUUGAAUUUUUAAAUGCCAUCCCUUUGCAUUCUUAACCACUUCUCCAGUUCAGCUCUCUUACUGCUAUGUGGGAACCUCUCUAGAAGGCAAUUCUUUCAUAACAAACGAUCGGGCUCCAGGAUUACCUCUCUCCUCUCCCUCCCAGGUGGCUGCCUGACUCAGGGAUAAAAGGGAAGUCUGAUCUAAGGGCCAGGUGCUUUAUCCUUUGUUCUGUCUGCCCUGGUUGGCUGUAACCUCAUCACUGAAGCCAAAAAAAGUUAUUCCAAACUUUUGGA